AUGGCUCUCCAGAAGUUGACUCCUCAAGAACAGACUGAUGCACUCGCCAAACCAGAGCUCAAGGGUUGGUCUCUAGUUGAAGGUCGUGAGGCCAUCAAGCGUACACUCACCUUCAAAGACUUUAACGAAGCCUUUGGUUUUAUGACCCGUGUCGCUCUUCAUGCCGAUAAACAUGACCAUCAUCCUGAAUGGUUCAACGUCUACAACCGUGUCGAGAUCACGUUGGCCACUCAUGAUGUCCAGGGUCUUUCUGUUCGGGAUAUCACUCUCGCCACAUUCAUCAAUCAGAUCUAUGACAAGUAA